AUGAAGACAUUGUCCGAAGACUGUUGGCAUUCCCUUUUCGCUCUGCAUUUUCAGCGCUUUCCUUUCUGGGAGCGUUCAACUACCUUCACAAACAUCUGCUUCAAACCCCCUUUUACUGAGAUCUUCAAUGCGCCUAUUAUCUACCGCAGCACUCGGUUAGCAGCUUUCAAAGGAAUCAGUCCACGGAAGUGGUUGAAGACCGGAAUCGAGCUGAUCAAUGGCAAGCCGCAUCUGAGCACUGUCUUCAAAAACCGAUCUACGGAUCGGAGUCUGUUUCCCGUGCCGUCACAGGGGCGCGCUGCGACACUGGAAAUUGCCCGGGAACCGGGGACUAGCAGCCUCUGGGUGUAUCAUGUGGAGGGAGACUCGCCUCUGCGGGAAAUUACUUGGGCGCUUGAGGGGGAGGAUAAGGCGCAGGAGUGUUGGGUUGGUAUCUAUGCAGCAAGGCCGUCCAGCCAAGGAGGUAAUUUGGAUGUCAACCUCAAACACUUGGUUAUAGAUUAAGCCGAAUGAGGCCUUUUCUACGGUGUACAUGUCUUGUGCGUUGGGCAGUCCUGCGUACAUAUUUCAGCAUAUUUGAACAUAGACAUGCAACCACUCAUCACCGUUCAGAUGACGGGGCUUUCUUGAAAUGGGGAUAAGAAAAGGACCCACUGCUUAUUGAUGUCCGUCACCUGUCAGUAUGCACUUGAUCGUACUAGAAAAGGCCAGGUGACUUGCUAGCCUACGAGAAAGGAAACUGUGUCGAUAUGGAACUCCAUAGAUGUUACGGAUUAAUAGUAUAAUGGAUGUGCUCCGGCACUUGUUAUC